AUGGAGAACGAGCUUGAGACAAUCGAGAAUUUGAAAGAGUUCAAACCCAUUUUGCAGCAGAAAAUAUUGGACAAGGAACUGAUGUUUAUGGAGCAGGUGAGACAAAACAAUGGAGCUUUUAAAGAACUUGACAGCAAUUUGUCAAUGUUAAUUAAGUGUGUAGAAUCAUUGAAAGAGCGUGUCAUCGACCUUUCAGAGAAACUGAAUCAAACAUUCACGGGAUUCCAAGCGUUGCACUCAGAAGCGAAAAAGAUUAACACUGUUGUCGAACAAGACAAACACUCACAUCUAUUGAUUUGUUCGUUGCUGACGAAAUGCAUUCCACCACCCGAACUGAUCCAAAGACUGUUGACGAAACCGGUGGAUGACAAGUACGCGCCAGAUUUGGUUGCUUACCACUCGAUAUUACAAAAUUUUGAGGAAGUGAAGGAGAAGUAUAAGGACUCAAGUAUAGUCAAAUUGUGUAUGGAGUAUCACACACAUACGACAAACUAUAUAUGUCAAAGAAUUUAUGACGUGGUGGCUUCGAAGUUGAAUCAACUCUCUCAAUCAAACCCAAUCAUUCUUCAACACCAUUUGGCUAAUAACUACGCUAUUCACUUCAGGUUUUUGAUGAGAUACGCAGAAGAACCGUGUAACUCCCUCAAACACAAUCAUAUGGAAACUAUGAAGGCGUUGUUCUAUCAAUAUUUCACAACUUACACGGAAGAAUUGAUGAAACUGAGAACACAAAAGGCUUUGCCGAAGACAUUUGAGUUCAUCGAGUACAUCCCAAAAGAUAAUGUUUUCAAAGCAUGCAACGAAAAAGAAAAGGACUCCGCUGAGUCCUUUAGUCGUAUUAAAACACGAAUCGACGUGCAGCGCAAUGUGUCGAACAAAGACGACGAAAUCAUCAUUCCCAUUGUCAUUCAGACACAACAAAAAGAAACUCGGUAUGAACUGGAGACCAUCAUCGACUCACUCUAUCGAGUUCUUUUUGACACUGUCGCGAGUCAUGUCGAUUGCUACUCAAGAAUAUACCGAAAAAUCAUCGUCGAUAAAGACUCCUUUUCACGGGAAAUUAGUGCUAUGGUGGAAGAUGUGUUUGGGCCCAUAUUCCAGUACUUUAUAACUACUAUUAUUGAGAAGAAUAUAGUAUACCAGAACCUUGACAGCUUCACGUAUUUCAUCUACUUGAGGGAAUUUGUGAAUUGCCAGAACUUCAUUGACAAGAAUUAUGUCAUCUUGAACGAUGUAAACCCACUGAGAGAUCACUUGAACAAAGUAACUCAGAUGAUUAUAAGUAAGGUGUACUUCAUCUUGAAUAACACAAUCAUUUUUGUCCAGAGUGCGUCGGGACAGCCGAAGAACGAGAAGUCCCUCAUCAGAGCAAUUACGAGGAAAUACGCACAAUAUGAUUCAUUGCUCCAAUAUGUACAAGUGAUCCAUUAUUAUUCGGACCUCGAAGAAUUGUGCUGGAAAUUCAGAACAACGGUGGAACAGUACAUAAUAAAGAUGGCGACCUUUGAUAACAAAGGUGUCGAGAUCCCCAGCGAAUUUACUGAAGUCUUAAACUUUGCAUAUAUAGCUUGCUUUUUAAAACACCAAGACAACGAGUUCAUUAGACUUAACAAAGGAGUCAAAGACUUGACACCGGAAGAAAGGAAGAGUAUGAAUGCAGAUAUCUUCUCAGUAGAACAUAGUCUUGAAGUGAAAAGGGAGCACUUAAGUGGAUUAAUCAAUGAGAAAUUCUUCUUCUUCUUACUUGAGACGCUCAACCGAGUAAGAGACUUUGAGACAAAUAAACAAAGUGGAAAUGUCACAGAGAGUGAUGUCUUACAAUUUGUCGAACAUUUGAGAGGGUUUAUGGCGACUUUCAAGGAGAAGUGGAUCGUCAAAUUGAAAGAGAUGAUGGUAUACACACAAGGCUUAGCUGAUAUCAAAGAAAAGGAUAUUGAAUAUUGGGAGGAAGUGCAAGUCGAAAUUGGUGUUGAGUUCCAAAGAGGGAUUUUGAAGUUCUUUUUGAACUUGUGUGAGGAAUUCGACAAAAAGCUGAAGAGUGACUUGUUAUCAACCGACAUCAAACUUGAGUUGAUGAAAGGGUGUACUACUUUUGCUGCGAUCUACGCCGAGGUUGCAAAAUAUAUGGAAGCCAUCAAGCGCGGGAUACCAUUUUCUUCCUUAAAUUAA